AUGCACGGCCGUUUGGGUCGUGGCGAUUUUGGCGAGGUUGUUAGCGUUCGUUCAAAAGAUGAUGGAAAAGCGUAUGCAAUUAAAUGCGCGAUAGAAGUUUAUAGAAAUAUUGCUGAUAGACGUGAAAAACUUCAAGAAGUUCUUAAACAUGAAAUGUUGCCUCCACAUCCAAAUUUGGUUCAUUUCUUCAAAGCAUGGGAAGAGAAGGGACGUUUGUAUAUUCAAACAGAAUUGUGUGCUAGAAGUUUGGAUGAUGUCGCUAGAGAGAGACAUGAGAUUGGUGAACCAGAAAUUUGGUAUUAUCUCAUUGAUAUUCUUAUGGCAUUGGAGCAUAUGCAUUCUCAUGACCUUAUUCAUGUUGAUAUUAAGCCUUCUAAUAUUUUUAUAACGUCUGACGGUAUUUGCAAAUUGGGUGAUUUUGGAUUGGUUUUUGAUCUUAACAAGGACGAUCCAAAAAAUGUAAUGGAAGGAGAUGGAAAAUAUUUGGCAGCUGAAGUUCUUAAUGAUAAACCGACUAAGGCAGCCGAUAUUUUUAGUCUUGGAAUGACUAUUCUUGAAUUGGCGACCGAUUUGGAUUUGCCGAAUAAUGGAGUUUUUUGGCAUGAAAUUCGUAAUAGAAUGAUUGACGAGAAAUAUAUUAAAGGUUCUUUUUGA